AGUUAUAUUACGAUUUAGGCUUUUUGUUAUUUGUGUUGCGCACUUCCGGCUUCCAAAAGUGCUGUCAUCAUAUUAUUGUGGUUACUUUUUAAAGUCGAAUUUUUGCUUUAAUUACCGUUUAAUCGAAAACUACACUAUCCCGAAACUUGUGAAAAAUGGCUCGUCGAUAUGAUACACGAACCACGAUAUUUUCCCCAGAAGGCAGGUUGUAUCAAGUUGAAUAUGCAAUGGAAGCCAUCAGUCAUGCAGGCACUUGCUUAGGUAUUCUUGCCAAUGAUGGUAUACUUCUUGCUGCUGAAAGACGGAAUACCAACAAGUUGCUUGAUGAAGUAUUCACUUCAGAAAAAAUCUACAAACUCAAUGAUGAUAUGGUAUGCAGCGUGGCUGGUAUUACUUCAGAUGCGAAUGUGUUAACCAAUGAGCUUCGCUUGAUUGGCCAAAGAUACCUCUUUCAGUAUGGUGAAUCAAUGCCUUGUGAACAAUUGGUUUCUUGGUUGUGUGAUGUUAAACAAGCAUAUACACAAUAUGGAGGAAAACGUCCCUUUGGUGUUUCUAUUUUAUACAUGGGAUGGGAUAAACAUUAUGGCUAUCAAUUAUAUCAGUCAGAUCCAAGUGGGAACUACAGUGGAUGGAAAGCAACAUGCAUUGGAAAUAAUAGCGCUGCUGCCAUAUCCAGUUUAAAACAAGAAUACAAGGAGGGCGAAAUGACUCUUGAAGAUGCUAAAACUUUAGCCAUUAAAGUUCUUGUUAAAACUUUGGAUAUGACUAAACUUACAGCAGAAAAAGUUGAGAUGGCAACUCUCAGUCGUGUAAAUAACAAAACUAUUAUCCGCAUUCUUACAAGCAAAGAAGUUGAAGAAUUGAUCAACCAAUAUGAAAAAAAGGAAGCCGAUGCUGAAGCUCUUAAAAAGGAGCAAAAAACCGUUUCUUAAUUACAUAAUUGUCAUGUUUAACUACAAUAAAUUGAUUUACUUAAA